UCUCUCAACCCUCAACAUAUUCACUAAGAUUUAUUUCCUUUAUUUUAUUCAUUUAAUUAUUUGUUCCUAGUCUUUAUCUUAUAAUAAUUUUCGCAUUGCUUGCCCGGUAAUUCAAGAUCAACUUGGAAAAUUUGCAAGAUUUGGGAUGAAAUCUGGUCGGAUCUUGCUUUGUGGGAUGGGGAUUUUGGUGGGUCUUAUUUCAAUACAAAGCUCUUCCUCUUCCUCUUCCAAAAAUCCCAUCUCUUUCUCUUUUUUUUCAUCAUAACACAAAACACAAAACAUAAACCUUUCUUCCAACCAACCCUUUUUUCCAAUUCUUUGUUUCUUCCAAAAUCUUCAAUCCAAUUUUUCACCUUUUCACAAAUGGGGAUGGCUGCAGCGGAGUCACAGUUUCAUGUCUUGGCUGUUGAUGACAGCAUCAUAGAUAGGAAACUCAUUGAGAGGCUCCUCAGAACCUCUUCCUAUCAAGUUACUACAGUUGAUUCUGGUAGCAAGGCUUUAGAGUUUCUGGGGUUGCGUGAGAAUGAUGAGAGCAAUCCAAGUAUACCAUCUGUUUGUCCCAACAACCAUCAGCCUCAGGAGGUGGAGGUGAAUCUUGUUAUAACAGAUUACUGUAUGCCUGGCAUGACAGGCUAUGACUUGCUUAAGAAAAUCAAGGAAUCUUCAUCUUUGAGAAACAUACCAGUGGUGAUUAUGUCAUCUGAAAAUGUGCCUUCAAGGAUUAACAGAUGUUUGGAGGAAGGAGCCGAAGAAUUUUUCUUGAAGCCUGUGAGGUUGUCAGAUUUGAACAAGCUUAAACCCCACAUGAAGAAAACCAAGUUCAAAGAUCAAAAGCAAGAAACAGUAGAAAGGUUUGAAGACUCAGAAGUUCAACAGCAACAGUCACAACAACAAAUCAUCAUCCAAAAUGAGCAUCACCAAGCACCAAAAUUACAAGUUCUUCAGCCAGAGUCAGAAUCAGAGUCACAUCCACAACCAACUAUUGAACAACAGCAACAAAUUCUACAACAAGCCAACAACAAUAACAAGAGGAAGACCAUGGAACAGGGCCUUUCACCUGAGACUGACAGAACAAGACCAAGAUACAGUGGCAUAGCCACUGUGGUAUGAUCAUAAAAAUCAUUGGCAAAAAUUUUCUUGAAUUUCAAAAAAUGUAAUUCUCAUAUAACUUUUUUUUCUUUCUUUUAAAAACAAAUUAACUCAAGUGUUGGUUAAUAUAGGCUCUAUAGGAGUGUAAUAGAGUUGUUUCCUGUACACAUUUUCCUGGAAAUAUUUCCUUCCAAUUUUGCUUCCCCCCAAUAUAAUGAAAAGGAAAAAAAAUAUUGAAUUGAGUAAGAAAUUAUCAGAUGAUAA